GCAGCAGACGGGCCUGCUCCAGAGUGUAGAUCAAGUUUCGCAGUCAUGAUCACCGCUGAAACCCUGACAGAGUCGGUAGUCCUUGCGGUGCCUAGUGUCGCGGUCGCCACCGAAGAGCCAGGGCGGGAGGAUCCAGCGUGGCCCUGGAAAGAUGCCCCUAUCUGGACUCUGGUGCAGCGCAUCCACCAGCUGCAAGCUGAGCGCGCGGAGGCCUUCCGCCGACUGGAGCAAGGCCACCUCCACUACCUGCGCAGCGGCCCUUGUUACGACUUCCCGAGCUACCGGAGCACAGUGCACGAGGUGACCCAGGCCUUCGCCGCCGCCUCCCGGGAGGUACUGGCGGUGGAAGCAGAGCUAGCUGGUCCUCGUGCACAACCACUGCUCGCUAGCCACGUCCGCAGCCUGCAACAGCUGGAGCAGACACGCCUGGCUACGGUCGCUCUGCUGCAGCUGAUGGGGACGCCUGAGCUGACAGGGCAGGAGGACAUUGUACAGACACACCAGCUGAAGAUGAAGGUAAUUAAAACCAUGGAGGCAAUCAGCGAAGUUCUUCAGGACCUUAGGUUUGACGCGGAAUCUGCUGAAUAAUGGUGGUUCCCCAAGGAUGCACCAGCAGGAGAUAGGAAAUUGGGUGAAUGGUGCUUAGACCAGCCCUGACCACCUGCUGGCCAGGGUCAUGCCCUACUGGACUGGCGACCUUCCUCCAGUUCACAUACCUCCCACAAUAAAGAACUUGUCCUCUA